ACCAGAUGAGGGAGAUAACUCUAAAUACGCUUGUGACGUAUGAAGUUGCUCAACACAUGGUCAAUUAAAUUGGUUGUGUAUAAUAAUCAAAUUAACAUAUAUACCAACAUAGCAAAUCAUGGAGUAUGUGGGUCAUGUGUCUGCGUCAACAAAUACUAUUCUUUGUUGCCAGUGUGGCACGUCGAUCACACCAAACCUGACCAACAUGUGUGUUGGUUGCCUACGUACAGAGGUCGACAUCACAGAAGGAAUACCCAAACAGGCAGUUCUGUAUUUCUGUAAGAAGUGUGAAAGAUACCUCCAGCCGCCGUCAAUGUGGAUCUCUGCUCAGCUCGAGUCACGAGAACUUCUUGCUGUGUGUCUCAAGAAACUCAAGGGCAUAAAUAAGGUUCAGUUGAUUGAUGCUGGGUUUGUGUGGACAGAGCCUCACUCCCAGAGAAUCAAGGUCAAGCUAACCAUCCAGAAAGAGGUGAUGAACAGUGCAGUGCUACAGCAGGUGUUUAUCGUCGAGUUCACCGUAACCAACCACAUGUGUGACGACUGUCACCGCGUGGAAGCCAAGGACUACUGGAAGGCUGUCGUACAGAUUCGACAGAAGACGAGUCACAAGAAGACGUUCUUCUACCUGGAGCAGCUGAUUCUCAAACACAAGGCUCACCUGAACACCGUCAACAUCAAACCUGUCCACGAGGGAAUAGAUUUCUACUACUCUCAGCCUCAAGAUGCCAGGAAGCUGGUCGACUUUCUCACCGCGGCGGUUCCAUGCAGAUAUCAGACUGCAAAGGAAUUGGUAUCUCAUGAUCCACAUAACAACACGUACAACUACAAAAACACUUUCUCUGUGGAGAUUGUUCCAAUAUGCAAGGAUAAUGUUGUCUGCAUGCCAAAGAAACUAGCACAGUCACUAGGCAACAUAAACCCGAUCUGUGUCUGUUACCAGGUGACACAAGCGGUACGCCUCAUCGAUCCAAACACUCUGCAGAUUGCCGAAGUGAGUGGUACGACAUUCUGGCGCUAUCCGUUCCUGUCGCUGUGCGAGCCGAAACAGCUGAUCGAAUACAUGGUGAUGCAGAUUGAGAUUAUCUCUGAGAAGGAUCGACCACACAGAAUACCCGUGUCUAACAAGCACGUGUUGGCCGAUGUGUGGGUGUCGCGGAUGAGUGAUCUUGGGGUCAAUGAACUACAGUUCUUCACUCGCACACAUCUAGGUCACCUCCUCAACGUUGGUGAUUCUGUCUUAGGGUUUGAUUUUGUGAAUGCCAAUCUAAAUAAUUGGGAAAUGGAUGUCAUCAAAUCGGACAAGGUUCCGGACGUGAUUCUGGUGAAGAAAAUAUUUGACAGACAGAACAGAAUCCGCAAGAGAAAGUGGCGACUUCGUCAUCUGCAAGAUAAUGCUGCCUUGGAAACGGAAAGUGAUACCAGAGACUAUCAUGAUUUCCUGGAAGACCUUGAAGAAGAUCCAGCAUACCGACAGAACGUCAAUGUUUACAAAGAUCACCAGAAGAUUCAGGUGGAGGCCGACGACACAACAGACGAUGAGUCAGCGCCUCAGAUCAGUCUGCAGGAGAUGCUGGACGACCUUCACAUUGGAGGCGAUGCCACGGGGGGUGAAGGAGCACCAAUGACCGAUUGAUUGGUCUAUCAUUGGUGACGACGCUACAGGGAGCGAAGGAGGACCAAUGACCAGUUGAUUGGUCUAUCAUUGUUGGUGGCAGGGAUUGAAAAUAAAUAUUCUGUAAAAUAAAGACUUGGGUGUGUAGUUGUUAUGUCAAGGGUUCUUAAUGUAAAGGUAUUUCUUUUCAACUUAACUUAACCUGUCACCAAUGUUCUGACAAGUUUAUUGAAAUUGGAAAUAACAUUGAUAAGAGGUCAGGUUGAUGUGACUGGAUGUGACCAGUCUAUUGAAAUGGGGAGGGGGGUGAUACCAUUGGUGAGAGGUCAGAUUGAGAUGUUCGGACCAGUCUAUUGAAAUGGGGAGGGGGAUACCAUUGGUCAGAGGUCAGAUUGAGAUGUUCGGACCAGUCUAUUAAAAUGGGGAGGGGGGAUACCAUUAAUGAAGGUCAGAUUGAGAUGUUCGGACCAGUCUAUUGAAAUGGGGAGGGGGGAUACCAUUGGUACUAGGUCAGAUUGAGAUGUUCGUCUAUUAAAAUGGGGGGGGAGGGGGGGAAUACCAUUGGUGAGAGGUCAGGAUGAGAUGUUCAGACCAGUCUAUUGAAAUAGGGGGAAAUACCAUUUAUGAGAGGUCAAGUUAAAUAUUCAUGAUAAGAGAAAACAAUCCACGUUUUGUACACUACAAUUAUAGCGUUGUUAAAAAUAUAAUAAUGAUGACAAUUUCAAGAUUUCUUAUGCAUGUACAUAUAUAUAUACAUAUUUAAAACAUUACUGUUCUAUAUUUUUUCAGUCAUUAUAACUAUAAUUUAAUUCAUAGGGUGUGGGGCUGUAUUUUUUUAUUGUUUGAGUAUUAACUCUGAUCGUGAUUAUCUGGAAAUUGAAAAUUUAUGAAACGGAGAUGUUUUGUAACUGGCAGAUUCAGGUGGGACAUGCCCCCCACCCACCCCCA